AUAUAUGUAUAUAUAUACACGCACACAUAUAAGGAACGAUGAAUGCGGCCAUGUACAUGCAUAUCCUGGACAGGAUCCUUCUCCAGAGUACUCAGGACCUCAGACUGGACUGAAGGUUUACCUUCCAACAUGACAAUGACCCUAUAGGCACACAGCUAAAAUAAUGAUGGAGUAGCUUCAGGGCAACUCUGUGACUGUUCUUGAAUGUCCCAGCCAGAGGCCUGACCCAACUGAGCAUCUCUGGAGAAACCUAAAAAUGUCUGUUCACCAUCCAACCUGACAGAACUGGAGAGGAUCUGCAAAUCAAGGUGUAAGAAAGAAGCAAACACACAGCGCUUAAUCCGAAUGAGUUCCGGUGCUCAACAGCUGGUACUUGCAAUUUAAGAAUAAAAAGGGAGGCUGGAGCACGCACCUAUUAAAUACUUUAUUUGACCCUAGGGCUCCAGCCUUCCUCCAUAUUCUUGAAGUGUAAGAAACUUGUUGCAUCAAGAAGACUCAUAGAGUUCAUACAUCUAUAAAAGUUCAGGACAAGCUGGGACAUCAUCGUCAUCAAAAAAACAACUGAAUCACUCAAAAGUCAAUGUGGUUCUUGGGUAGGCUGGGUGUUGAUUUAAGACUCUGAGGAACCAAAUUAAUUUAAGCUGCUAAAUAAUUACAUGUAACUGGCAUAGAAAUAGAACUAGAAAAUUCCUGAAGAGGUUUAAAAAAGGGAUCUGCCACCUGGUCAAAGAUGGUGUUUACACACAUGUAAAAAAUGCCACACACUCAAAGGUUCAACGGGAUGGAUCAAUCUGCACAAAAAUGAGACAUCUUUUGAAGUCUUGCUAAUUAUUUCACCAUGGUAAAUCAGAUCACGUGUAAAAAUAACAGCACACCUCCCGCGGCCGAGCCGCUCGUUACGUAUAAUAUGUGGGGGUGCACGCUGCCGUUCGAGCCGCCUUAACAUCCGCGGAAGAAUAAUAGUAAAGUAAUUACAUUUUAUUUAUUUAGCACUCAUCACAGACACCGAAUCACAAAGUGCUUCACGUAGAUCAACAACAAAACAAAUCAAUACAAAAUGGAUCUUGGACGUUAAUCUGUGUGGGAGGGGUAGGAAACGACUGCUGGUUGUUUUUAAUAUUGUAAAGCGUUUUGAGCUGCAGAAAAGCGCUUCAUAAAUAACAUUUAAUUUGAUUUGAUGAAGUCAUAAAAUCAUAAUGAUCUUAAACAAAACAAAUAAAUUUAAAUCAUAAAAACAAAGUCAUAAAAUUGCAAAUGAUCAUAAAACCAAUGAAAGAUUAUUACAAAUUUGAGUUAAAAAUAGGAAAACAAAAGAUUUUGGUAAAAGCAGCUUUAAAUAAAAGGGUCUUCAGCUGUUUUUUAAAGACUGUCAGUACUACAUAAGGUUAAAGGAAGUUCAUUCCAAAGCCAGGGUGCAACAACCUGGAAGGAGCGAUCUCCUUGACUUUUAAAUCUGGUCUUUGGAACUUCCUGGGUCGGAUCAGAAGAAACAAAAAGGACAUAAUCCUCGGGUGGAGAGCAAAGCAGCGUCAGCGUCGUCGUUGCCCUUUUAGAACUUUGCUUUAUGACAUCAUCAUAAUCAUCUUCAUCAUCAUCAUCAUCAUUCAGUUCUCAGUGACGCACCGUCAGAGACAGCCGUGUUUGCUCGUUGUUCGAUAGUUUUUCAACUUGUCGUCUACGUGUUAUUUAGCAUCAUGGGAGACUCUUUUGCUCACAAGAGUUACUCUCAAGCUCUGGUUAAAGAUUCAGAGACUUAUAUUAGCAUGGAACAACCGCAUUUGUCAGAGAAUCGUGGUUUAGUUUCAGCAACCAAACGGAAAGCCGUUUCAGACCCUGGACCUCUCACAAAAAGGUUUAAGGUUUCUGAUGAAGGCAAACUCUCUGAAAACAACCAGAACAUUAUACAAAUUGACAAAUUCACAAAGAAAUCAAUUUCCUUUGAUGGUGAGGGAUCUGAAAAUCCAGACAAGGAAUGCAGAUAUUUGGUUCCUGAGAAAGGAUCGUCUUCUGCCAAAAGGAAAGCUGUUUUUCAUCACGAACCUCCCACAAAACGGUCUAGGGUUUCAAGUAAAGGCAGUGUCUCCAGAGUUAACCUAGAUGAGACAUCCAGAGCCUCAAAGAGGUCACACUCACCAGAUGGCGUGGGAUCUGGAAAUCCAGACAAGGAAUGCAGAUAUUUGGUUCCUGAGAAAGGAUCGUCUUCUGCCAAAAGGAAAGCUGUUUUUCAUCACGAACCUCCCACAAAACGGUCUAGGGUUUCAGGUGAAGGUAGUGUCUCCAGAGUUAACCUAGAUGAGACAUCCAGAGCCUCAAAGAGGUCACACUCACCAGAUGGCGUGGGAUCUGGAAAUCCAGACAAGGAAUGCAGAUAUUUGGUUCCUGAGAAAGGAUCGUCUUCUGCCAAAAGGAAAGCUGUUUUUCAUCACGAACCUCCCACAAAACGGUCUAGGGUUUCAGGUGAAGGCAGUGUCUCCAGAGUUAACCUGGAUGAAACAUCCAGAGCCUCAAAGAGGUCACACUCACCAGAUGACGAGGGAUCUGGAAGUCCAGCAAAGAGAAUCAGACUGUUUGAUUCUGUGAGUCCCUCGCCUUCAGCCAAAGAUCAGUUCGAGGCAAAAUACGAGCAAAAAGAUCAGCUCGGAAAGGGUGGCUGUGGAUCUGUUUAUGGUGGCUACCGCAGGGCAGACAAUUUACCUGUGGCAAUCAAACAUAUACCAAAGGAAAAUGUAGUCUGGACAGAUACGGAUGAGAACGGCCAGCAACUCACCAUUGAGGUAGCCGCCAUGAUAAAACUCCAGACAGAAUUAGCUGAUUCGGUGGGGAAGUCCGCCCCAAUUUCCCUCCUGGACUGGUAUGACUUCAACCAGGAACAAAUUCUGGUGUUGGAGAGACCAGUGCCUGCAGUGGACCUCUCACAGUUUAUUAAAAAUAACAAAGAGCCCCUACAGGACAAUCAGGCAAAAACAAUUAUUAAACAGCUGGUUGAUGCCGUCAAACAUCUGGAGGACACCAACAUUUUCCACAGAGACAUCAAACCACAAAAUAUUCUGAUUGAAACAGGAUCAGAAAUCCCGCGACUGCGACUGAUUGACUUUGGACUGAGUUGUUUCACCGACACAGAAUAUAAAGACGGCUGGUUCUACGGCACACCGAAACACGUCCCUCCUGAGUUUAUUUCCAAAGGCAUUUAUGAGGCAGGACCAGCAACCGUGUGGCAGGUGGGAAUUGUUCUCUAUGAAAUGCUCCACGAAAGUUUGUUUGACUCAAAAAAGUUUUUCAAUAACGAACUCGGAAUCAGGACGGAUCUCUCUCCAUACUGUACCAACUUCCUAAAGAGCUGUUUAAUUAUGAGCCCAGGGUGGCGUCCCACCUUAAAGCAGCUCCAGCGUCACCCUUGGCUUUGGUAAAACAGAAACUAAAGUCUUCAAAGCUCUGGACCCAAUUCAACUGGCACCAAGCUAGAUCCCUCCUAACUCAGACACCCCUCAACCCCUAACAGAGUCACCUAUCAUCUCCUACAUUUCCCUCAUCCCACUGCAGGACUGAGCCCAAAAAAAGGCCCUGGCAGUCCACCAUAACUGUUUAUAUGAUAGGAUAUGCAAAGGCACACAUCACACCAGAGAAUCAGCAUGUUGUGUUAGUAACCAGAAAGAGGAAAAUAAACAGCUGGAUCAAGAAAAGUCUGUCAAACCAGACCCAGAGAAGAAAGUUGAGGUGAUUCAUGCACCUCUCCCUCUGGAAAACCCGCAGAAACGUCAGACAACGAAGGGAACAUCCUUCAAAAGGAAACAGGAGAGAGAAAGUUAGUCACCGAGAAAAUGUUAGAAAAAAUAUAAAUUCUCAAGCAGCAGGUGGAAAAAGCCGGAAACCAAAAUCCAAAUGGAAAACGUUAGAAUGGUUUAGUUCCAUUAUGCAGAUUUCAGCCUGAGACAGGCUGUUAUUUGUUGCUUUAGUGUAGCUUUAUCUGCUAUUAGAUAUUAUUACUUAUAAUAAAUUAUAAACCCUAGUUAGGAAGUAUGAAUCACGUCCACACACAUCCCCACGUGUCCCUAAAUCUGUAAAAAAAGGCAACACAAGAAUGAUGUCACCGAAAACCCUCGUGGAAAUCCUUUCUGUGUGUCCUUGUGCUGCGGGGGGGUUUUCUCUGGGAGCUCCAGUUCACCCCCCACCCAGGAAUAUUCUAGUCCAACUUAUCGUCUACGACUUAUUUAGCAUUAUGGGCGACUCUUUUGCACACAAGAGUUACUCUCGAGCUCUGGUUAAAGAUUCAGAGACUUAUAUUAGCAUGUAACCACCGCAAAAUUACAAAUGAUCAUAAAACCAAUGAAAGAUGAUUACAAAUUUGAGUUAAAAAUAGGAAAACAAAAGAUUUUGGUAAAAGCAGCUUUAAAUAAAAGGGUCUUCUGUCACGGUCUGGGGUUUUUUCACACACUAAUUGGUGUAGAGUCUCAUCUCUCCUCUGCAGGUGGGCGUGCCUGGAAGUUGGGAGGCUGCAGGUAAUCUGCUGAUUAGCUGGCCAGGGAUAUUUAAGCUCCUGAGAGACGCCUUCACUUCGCUGGAUGAUUAACUCAACUUGGGUAUUUCUCCUAACAGCCAAAUCCAAACUAAGCUUUGAUUUUUGAGAAUUUCUGGGUUACGGAUUUUUGAUUUUUGAGAUCUCUGUGUUUUUGACUGCUUGUUUUGCCUCCUGCAGAUAUCACCUAUCAGUUCACCUCGUUUGCUGCUACCAACCUGGUUUCUUCACUGUCCACUCGUCUCUCAGCGUCCUCCUCUGGUCUUCCCACUCCAGGCUGCCCACCCUCCCUCCUGGAUCACCAUUACCCUUCAUGCUCAGCUCCCUCCUCAUUUGGACUCCAAGCUCAUCAGCCUCCAGUAAGCCUCCUGCCCUCCCCAGACCGGUCACUCCUCCCUCUCUCACGAGGUCUCACCUCCAACCUGAUUCUCCACACCCGAACCUCGCUUCUCUGCCGAAUACUGCUAGACUUCCUAGCAGCUCCUUCUGUUCUCCUUUUCUAAUAAAUUAUUGUUUGCGAUCUUC